AUGGAGCAUAAGGUGUAUGCAAAGUUCAAAAAGUGUGAAUUGUGGCUUUCUCAAGUAGCGUUUCUAGGGCAUAUUGUAAAAAAGGAUGGCAUUAAGGUGGAUUCAAUAAAGAUUGAAGUUGUAAGAGACUGGCCGAAAUCCAAGACUGCUUCUGAAUUAGGGUUUCAGUAUCAGCCACCGUCUUCCUCUUCUUCUUCUAAUAACAAUGGUGAUUCUGAUCCUGAAACUUCUGAUCUCAGUCAUGGGGCGGCCGAGAAGGAGAAGAAAGAGGAGGUAAGUGGAGCUUCUAUUCAUCAGGAGCUUGCGAGGUUGGAAUUGAAGGAGAACGAGGAAGAGCCGAUUCUGAAACUGGAUUUGGGGCAAAUUAUGGAGGAACAAUUGGGGCUGCUAAAAGUUGUUGUUGUGCAAGGGAGAAAACUGGUCAUCUGGGAUUUCAAGAGUACUGAUCCUUACGUUGUAGUCAAAUUAGGCAAUCAGACAGCAAAAACAAAGGUCAUAAAUAGUUGCCUUAAUCCAGUCUGGAAUGAAGAACUAACUUUCUCCCUCAAAGAACCUAAUGGAGUUUUGAAUUUUCCAUUCUGA